AUGAAAUGCAACUACUACCUCAUAAUAUGCCAAUACCAUCUCCCUUAUGGUGGCUCACAAUUUUCACCAAUGGCAGAUCGAAUCCAAUCUGGUGCUGGUCCAAUGAUAAUGCCCACUCCUCCACAAGCUGGAGGUCUUCAGAACUAUUCUUUUGAUAUAGAAGCAUUUGCCAAUGGUUAUGGCAUGGAUGUCAAUAUUUUCAUGAAUGAUGAUAAUCCCUUGGAUGAAAUAUUUCAAAGAAAUUACCAGUCUCUCCAGAAUCAAAUGCAAGGGUUGAACAAAGAUGAUGGAUUGCGUAACCUCGGAUUGAGCAUGUCGUCAGUAUCGCCGUCAAAUACGGAGUCAAGUGUUGAUAACACCACAGAAGGCACUCUCCAGGAUGAGUCUAAAUUAUUACAACAUUCAGAAAAAAAUUUAUCCAAAAACAAACAGUAUUUCAUCGACUCAGGUUUAUUGGAUGAUAUAUUUGGUCUGGUUGGUAUUAGACUAGAAGAUUUGCCAUUUGAUGCCAAACUUUCAAUCGAAGAUCGUGUUUCGUUUUAUUUAUAUCUGUAUUGGAAGCAUUUCCAUUCUCAGUUUACAUUCUUGCAUAAACCUUCGUUUGAUACUAAAUCAGCUGAACUAUUAUUGUUGGUGGCAAUGAUUGCUGUUGGAGCUUGUUAUAGUUUCCCAGAUACCGCCGAAAUAUUGGCCAAAGAUUAUAAACAAUCUCCCGAGUUUAAAUUCACAUUGCAAAUAGCAAAACCAUUGAGAUUUGCGAUUUUUGAACACGAAGAUUUCAAAUCACCAGUCAAAUUAUGGAUCCUACAAAGUUUAAAUAUGUUGGAAUGGAUUGAAAAGAACUUUUUGACAAGAAGGAUGCACGAACGAGCACAUUUGCAUCAUGGUACAACAGUACAGUUGUUGCGAAGAAGUCCAAUCUUAGGAGGUAAUCCAACACAAAAGAAAAAGAAUCAAAGCACCAGUAAUUCAUCAAGUGCGGCUGAGGAAGAAAGUGAAUUAGAAGAAGGGGCCAAUUCAAGUGAUAAUAACGACAGAGACUUGUUUGACAAAUGGGUUGAAUCAGAAUCAAUGAAACGUAUCACUUUUAUGACUUUCUAUUUGGAUAUUAUUGAUUAUGUGAAGUUUAGACACAAUCCUCAAAUUUUAUUCUAUCAAUUGCAAUUGUUGAAUUUGCCUUGUGACGAUGAAAGUCUUUGGGAGUCUAAUGAGGUGAGUGGAUCAUUUAAGAAAGUUGUAAAACGUCAACGUAAACUUCAAGAGCACAGUGGAAAUUUCAAAAAGAAAAAACCCAAAACCGAUAAUUUUUUGGCAGCAUUGAAAAAACUAUUAAAAUCCUAUAAAUUAAUUGAUGUUAAAAACAAGUCUAUUUUCUCGCAGAAAAUUUUACUAGCUGGUUUGAUAUCAUUGAUGCACCAGAUGCAACAGACGGAUUUACAAAAUAGCUCAUCAUUAUUAUCCAAUCAAAGUUCACAUGCAAACAACAAAGUUUGGAAAGAGAUGUUGAUUCGGUCAUUUGACAAUUGGUAUUUUGAAGUUAUGCAAGAUAAUGAAUCACUCAAUUCUGCUGGUAUUUCAAUGUUCAGUUUACCUAAUAGAAAUGUUCCAUUCCCAAUAUUUUAUCUUACCCAGAUCAUUGGUUUGCCUGAAGUCAAUCAUUACGAUAUUGCCAUCUACGCUGGAUCUCCUGCAAAUCAAAGUGUUGAUGCUACUUUGAAAGAUCAUUUUAUAGUACAGCAAAAGCUUAACAAUAUUUGGUCAAAGACAAACAAGAAUCCAGAAAACAUUCGUUGUAUUUUUUAUUGUUACAGCUUGUUGUGCAAAUUGAUGCUAAAUGACGAUGGUAAUGCAUUAGAUUGGAAACCAAAUUGUGAUUAUUAUGAUGCAAUGAAUUGUAUAAGUAGUGCCACAUUAGUUUUAUGGAGUUAUUGUUUUGCAACUUGUGGAUUGGAAAGCCAUCGAUAUGUUGAACAAACCCAGAAUGUCGAAGCUUUGAAAUAUGCUGAAGAUGGUUAUAAAUACUUGAAUAGAAUUAAAGAAAGCUUACUUGAUCCAUUGCCUGAAAAGAUGACUAGUGAAUCAAUUAUGAAAGCAUGUGAGAAACUUCCACUGAUUCCCAACAAGCAAAAUAUCAGUGGGUUAUGUUUCUUGAUUUCAAGUAAACUUAUCACUAGUCAAUGGGAAAUCAUCAGAGAACAUGCUAAAUUGAUAUUCAAUUGUGGAUUAAGAUCAAUUGGUAAGAGGACUAUAUUAUGCCAAGAUUUGUUUACGAAUGAGUUCAAGUAA